AUGACGGUCAAUUUAUCCCGCUUCUCUCUUUUACGAGCUGAAGUCAUAUUCAAUCCGCUCUAUCUGCUCGGUCCGUCCCUCCUGCUCCUAGUAUCGAUACCUCUCGCCACCUUCGCCGUUUUCACCACCUCCAUCGCCUUCAGUGCACUGCUUAUUCGAGCGUCUGUUGUGUAUUUGGAGCUCGGCGUUGCACUGAUCCAGAGCUGGGUGUUUGUGCAGACAUCCUCCACGAUAUACAAGCCACCCAGGCGCGAAUCGUCCGGCCAAACGAGCCCAAGACGUCAACGCACUCGACGAAGUACCGGACAAAGCUCCACGUCCUCACAAGACCCCACGAACCCCCGAAAGCUCCCUAUAAAAAGCGACAGUUUUGCGUCUCUGAUUGGAAACGGUGGUUCAACGAGAGACUUCGAAGGAGUUGGUGGAUGGAGAGUCUCGGGAGAAGACGAGGACGAGGCGCUGUGGAUAGGCAUGAACUCUAGGCUAGAGCUCCCUGCCGUGCUACCCGCACAUCAGAAAAAGCACCAACGGUCAUUGACUGGAGAUGGUCAACGGCGGUCCUGGAGCCCAGAAGCCAUCAGGUUGAGCCCAGUCCAGAGUCGGGCGCGAACACCAGUACCCAUUGGAGAUGCCUCUAGCCCCGAAGAAUACUUCAGCCUUCAACCCCACAAAAGAUUCAGCACUUCUUCAGAUCCAGUUAUCAGAACUACAUACGACCCGAGGCGAAAGAGCGUUGGAGGUUCGAGUACAUCGUCAGCAAGCUCAAGGCGAACCUCGAUCAAGGGAAUAGGCGUAUAA